ACCCUGUCGCCGCCGAGCAGAAACCGGGCGACACCUGUCCUCAGGUGCCCGGCGCCUUGCUCGGCUUCACGUUCUCGGGUUCGUCGGGUGGUCGCCGGGAUCAGAGCUGCUUGCCUUUUCAUGGCUGAGUGCUGUUCACCGUUCGGACGGACCCUGGUGUUGGCCCGUCACGGUCGGGCCGUGCGGUUGUUUCCACGCUUUGUCUGCUGUGCACAGUACUGCUGACGAACUCGGGUGUCGACGUGUGUCUGAGCCCGUUUUCAGUUCUCGGGGGGACAUACCCAAGAAUGCGGCUGCCAGGCCAUGUGAAGUAGCGUGGCCAUGGAGGACCUGGGGGAGAACACCACCGUCUUGUCCACCCUGAGGUCUCUGAACAACUUCAUUUCCCAGCGAGUGGAGGGAGGAGCUGGACGGGAUGUUUCCAGCUCCGUCCGAGGUUCCCUGCAGAUGCAGUAUCAGCAGAGCAUGCAGUUGGAGGAACGAGCGGAGCAGAUCCGUUCCAAGUCCCACCUCAUCCAGGUGGAGCGGGAGAAGAUGCAGAUGGAGCUGAGUCACAAGAGGGCUCGCGUGGAAUUGGAGAGAGCGGCCACGACCAGCGCCAGGAAUUAUGAGCGCGAGGUCGACCGCAACCAGGAGCUCUUGACGCGUAUCCGGCAGCUGCAGGAGCGGGAGGCCGAGGCCGAGGCCAAGCUGCAGGAGCAGCUGGAACGCCACAGGGCGUGCACGCAGAGCCUGGACGCGGCCAGCAGGAGGCUGCGGGAGAAGGAGGACAGCCUGGCCGAGGCCAGCGAGACCAUCAACGUGUUAAAGGGGCGGAUCUCGGAGCUGCAGUGGAGUGUCAUGAACCAGGAGAUGCAGGUGAAGAGUCUGGAGUCUGAGAAGCAAGGGCUGAAGGAGCAGCUGGACUUGCAGCACGUAAAGUGGCAGGAAGCGAAUCAGAAAAUUCAGGAACUCCAGGCCAGCCAGGAGGUGAGGGCCGAGCACGAGCAGAAGAUCAAGGAUUUGGAGCAGAAGCUGUCCCUGCAGGAGCAGGAUGCGGCGGUUGUGAAGAGCAUGAAGUCAGAGCUGGUGCGCUUCCCCAAGAUGGAGCGGGAGCUGAAGCAGCUGCGGGAGGAGAACACGCGCCUGCGGGAGAUGCGGGAGACCAAUGGGCUGCUGAAGGAGGAGCUGGAGGGGCUGCAGAGGAAGCUGGGGCGCCAGGAGAAGCUGCAGGAGAGUCUGGUCACCCUGGAACUGGAGCGGGAGAGGCUGCUGGGGAAGCUGCAGAGCUGGGAGGUGCUGGACCAGACGUCAGGCUUGAACAUCCGCACUCCAGAAGACCUUUCCAGAUUCAUCGUUGAGCUGCAGCAGAGAGAGCUUGCCCUGCAGGAGAAGAACAGCUCCCUCACCAGCAGCGCCUGGGGGCUGGAGAAGGCCCGGCAGCAGCUCCAGGAGGAGGUCCGCCAGGCCAGCAGCCAGCUGCUGGAGGAGAGGAAGAAGCGGGAGAGCCACGAGGCCCUGGCCCGGAGGCUCCAGAAGCGGGUCCUGCUGCUCACCAAGGAGCGGGACGGCAUGCGGGCCAUUCUCGGCUCCUACGACAGCGAGCUGAACCCUGCCGAGCACUCGCCGCAGCUGACGCGCCGCAUGCGGGAGGCCGAGGAGCUGGUGCAGAAGGCGCAGGCCCACAGCUCGGAGAUGGAGGCUCAGCUGUCCCAGGCCCUGGAGGAGCUGGGAGGUCAGCGCCAAAGAGCAGACAUGCUGGAGAUGGAGCUGAAGAUCCUGAAGUCUCAGUCCAGCUCCGCCGACCAGAGAUUCCUGUCCCCCAAGGAGGAGGUGGACAAGCUCAGGUUGAAGAUCGAGGAGCUGGAGGGGGAGCGGAGUCGCCUGGAGGAGGAGAAGACGGCGCUCGCGGCGCAGCUCGAGAGGCUCACCCUGCAGGGCGACUAUGACCGCAGCCGGACGCAGGUGCUGCACCUGAGCGUGAACCCGGCCAGCGCAGCCCGGCAGCGACUCCGCGAGGACCAGGGGCGGCUGCAGCAGGAGUGCGAGCGGCUGCGGGAGCUCGUGUGCGCCCUGGAGAGGGGAGACGCCGUCCCGGCCGGCCUCGAGGGCGCCACGGGGCUGCCGUCCACAAAGGAGGUGGCAGAGCUGAAGAAGCAAGUGGAAAGCGCCGAGCUGAAGAACCAGCGGCUGAAGGAGGUCUUCCAGACCAAGAUCCAGGAGUUCCGGAAGGCCUGCUACACACUGACCGGCUACCAGAUCGACAUCACCACGGAGAGCCAGUACCGGCUGACGUCCAUGUACGCCGAGCAGAAGGCAGACUGCCUCAUCUUCAAGGUGAGGGUCUCGGCACCACCACCGGGGUCUCCUCCAGCUUCCGCCUUGGCCCCCCGUCUCCCGGCCACGCCUGACCCUCUGCCUGCCCCUGAGCGAGCAUCUGGGCCCGGGGCUGAGUUUGCCCAGGGUCUGCCAUGCCCACAGGAUGCCUGAAGUCCGUGGCGGGCCUGGCCGGGCCCUCGGUGCUGCCAAGACACGGAGGCUGCAGGUGGAGGUGGGGGCGACGCUGCGGUGAGCGAGGGCAGGAAGGAGGGGCCGGUGGGGUGCGGAGCGCGGAGCUGCAGCAAGCUGCCGGGCAGCCAGGGCCUGGGUCUGUGCGCGCCUGCACUGGCUGUCACUGCGAGGACUCGAGAUGUCGGCCCCAAGCUCCCCCUGCAGCCUGUCGCCAGUGCCCGGGCUGGGGCGGGGUCGGGGGCUCCCGAGGAGGGCCACCUGCUGACCACGAGGGACUGUGCCUGGCCGUGAGGGUGCGCCGGGGCCUGGAGCGUGGCCAGGGGAGCCAGGCAGGCGAGGGGCGGCACCGCCCAGUCCCAGCGCUGGGUCCAGCCUCGGGGCCACGGUGAGGGGCAGUCGCCGGACGUGGGAGCAGCAGGGCCACCGCCUGGGGUUUACGUCUGGACGGAUCAUCCAGACCAGCAGCAGCUUUAUGGAAACCAAGAGGCACUUUCAGUUCUUAUUUUUAUAACGAAAGAGCACCCAGCACGUCUCAUGUGUUUCGAGCCUAACGUAAUAGUAAACAAAGCACUGUGUCUCUGAGUUAGUCACAGGUUUCAUCGUAAACCCAGGGCCCCUCUCCCUGUGGGAGCCGGAGCGGUGACGCAGGGCUGCCUCUCAGAGGGCAGGGGGCCUCGGCCCGGAGUGGGGUCAGCGGGCCAGCCCCACACACCCACCCACCAGGCGGAGGCUGGGACACCUGCCCUCCGCCACCCCAGGGAGAGGGGCUCACAGUCCGCGGGGACCCAGGCCAGGGUGGCCCGGGCGGGGGGCGGCCAGUGGCGUCUGCUCUGCCCACAGUGUUCUCAGGCGUCUCCGGAAGCCAAGUGACCUCCCGGCUCACUGUCCGCCGUCCCCUGCAGCUCCACAGCAGUUUUCUAGCUUGUCAAAG